UCUCAAUAUUAACCGGAACUGCAUCGUGAGUCACGUAUAAUCUUUUCCCAUCAGCGCGCUUUGGUCCUCAUUGUGAGUUCCGGAGGUUAACACAGAUGUCCGCCGCCAUUUUGAACCAGUCGGUGACCGAAGGCCGCGGGACCGAAGUAUUUUUUUUAGAAGAGGACAAGACUAGAACAUCUGUGUCAUGGAAGCCACCUCGGAAUUACAUCUAUCGCAAACAGGAUUUAUAUGGCAGUAAAAACGAGCUAACUUAUCCUUGGACAUGUGAGCCCGAUGAACCACCUUAAAUUGUAUCAAAGCAUGUCUGGCACACAUUGAAGAGAAUGACUGCUCCGACAGCGGAGGAGAGAAAGGUCUGUUGGGGAGCGAGGGACAAGUACUGGCAAUGUCUGGAUCAGACUGACGAAGAUUUUUCAGAGUGUCAGAAAUUCAGAACAGUAUUUGAAAGCAGCUGCCCACAGCAAUGGAUCAAGUAUUUUGACAAAAGAAGAGACUAUCUGAAGUACAAGGCAAGAAUGCAAAGUGGAGGAUAUCAACCUCAGGAGGGUGGUGACAAGUUAUAAUCGCCUGCCCAAAGAGACUGAACUCACUCAUCUUUUGGUGGCUGUUGAUUGGCUGCCAUGGGAUCCAAGUCCAGUAGCUGAGUACAAAAAUCUGGACACUUGGCAUUUGUUUCCAUCAGUGGUUGAGAGGUUGGGGUGGGUGGUAGUGACUGACUAUUCUUGGCAAUGGCGUCCUCUUUCUGAAAUGUUUAUGGAGUAAUUUUGCUCUCUGUUAAGAUUCCCCAGUUGAAAGUGGAGAAGGAUGGUUAUUUGGUGCAGUUGCUGUUUAUGUCAGUGUGCUUUAUAGCAAAAGCAUUUAGUUUCAGGUGGUGAUUGGAGGAAUUUUUACCCCCAUUACAUCACAGGUGUACUGCAAUAAAUGAAACUGCUGGAGACAUUGAAACAGUUGGGUAGUGUCUAUGAAGCCAGAAGAGGAUAACAUUCUUGGGUUGAUGCCAUUUCAGAAUUCCAGCUUCUUCUUUACUUUGCUUUUGUAGUUCUGCCUUCCAGAGAGAAUGAUAUUGUGAACAUCAUUUACUGUCACGUUGUGCUGUUAGCGUACUUGCCAUUUGAUUUAGUACUGAUACUAAAUGUGAUGUAAGGAAAACUGCAGCCAAAAUCAGAACAUUGUAAGUUUGCUGAAUUUAUUCACAUCUGAAUUCCAGUGACUGAGCUGCAGCCAGCCUGGUAUUAUUGCUGUCCUUUGUUUUCAUCCUUCAAAUUUGGCCUCCAUUUGCAAGGAUUAGGUUUGUGUUUUACAAAUUUGUUCACCCCUCCAAAUUGAGAUUGAUGCGCUAAAUGGUCUUUUGACUUGUGUUUUUUAUUCCCAAAAUACUAGUAAUAUUGUCCUAUUGGUAUUUAAAAAUGUCAUACUCAACACAGAUUAGUCAGAGAAUGUUUUUUAUGGUUAAUUGUUGAGAAUGUCUCCAUGUUAUACCUCUGCUCCCUCUGCUGGUGAACCAGUAUAACACAAACUGGGUUUCUCCAGCAGUGCUGGAUCAUUUGAAGCUGGACUACUUAUUUAUUUUAAGUCGCUUUGAUUUCCUCUUUAACUCAGUAUAAUGUUGAAAACAAAUCUGAAUCUGAAGUAUCACUCUCGUGGAGUCUCAGCUGCACAAGGUUUCACUUCAAUUGAAGCCCUCCAUUGGUCGGGGUUGACCAUGGAUGGUGCAUCCCAGCUGUCUAUGUGAUACACAAGCCAGGGCGGUACAAUACGGAGAGCAAGCUGUUGCCCACGCUGCAGGCUCCCCCUCUCCACGCAGCUGAUGAAUCCAAAUAAAUGGCAGAGACUGAAACAGUUUGGCACUAGCAGCGUUACAAGUUGCCAGUCUGCAUUGAGCUCAACAUAGGACUGCCUUGGGAACUCUGGAUUCAGAAUUUUUCCCUCAGGGGUUUAUUCCCGGAGCCUUCCCCAUGAGUGGGUGUAGCUGUAAGGCAGUGGAGGUUUGAGAUCAGAGUUUUCCUUCUAGAUGAGCUGCCAACCAUGACUGAUGAGCCCCACUGCUCGAAUGACUGGUUUUAAGGUAACAGUUACACACCUUUGUCUCCUUUCCUGUCAGUAGUAAUGAUUUCGCUGGGCUUAGUAGCUAAGCCACACAUGAAGGCCAGGAACUGGACUUGGUUGUCAGAGGCUAUUUGAGAUGCACAGCAUUGGGAGCAUUUAAUAGAUAGUGGGAGCUUGUCCCUGUUACCACCCCUGGCUAUAACAACCUUAAGCCGAUCACUUCAAAUGGCUGUCUUUAGAUAAUAAAAAGUAACUAACUGCUACACACAUUUGGAGGAAUGCACAUUCAUAACAUUUAAGAUGCACACUGGAGGGAACACAUCGGCACCAGGACAUUUCAGCCCAAUUAAGCAGCUGCCCCAAGAAGCCAAAGUUUCAUGGAAAUAGUUAAAAGGGAAUGAAAAAAGACAAACUCUGUUUAACUAUAGGGAACAAAUUUGAACACCUCCAAGACUACUACAGUACUAAAAAACUAUGUAUUAGUUCCUAAUAGUUAUCAACAGAGGAAAUCAUCUAGUGUACACUGCCGUGAUCUUUUGAUUGACUGUAAAUGAACAAAAUCAGUGCAGAUAAUGGACUGCCUUUAUUGCCUUUCAGCAUGAAGUAGUGUCAUAAUGCAGCAAUAAAGAAGUGGUGUUAGGGCGAUGGUUUUUAAUUUGGUCCAGUAGUGUAAUUUUUUUGGCUAAUGUCAAAUUUUUUGUGCUAUCUUGGCAAGGGUCUGAAAUUUUUUAAAAGUCAAAACAAUAAAAAUGAUCAAAAAUCACUGCUUUGAAUCGGCAGAGCAUUAGCCCAAAUUGAUAAUAUAACACAGGCACAUGCAACUGACACUAAAAAGCAUUCGCUGUAAGCACGGUGUAGUGUUUAAUGGCCACACAAGUGCACGAUUGACGCUAGUUACAAAUUGAUCGUCAACAUUCUCCUAUCCCAAUUAAGCGACUUAGUGGACCAAAUAAACAAAGCGAAUCCUGGCUAUUUUCUCGAUUAGUUUUUGUUCUUUAAGAGUUGUCCCAAAUAAGUGGGUGCCCUGAUUAACCAAAGGCCCAAUUAACUGGAAUCUGGUGUACUUAAGUAACUUCCCUCAUUGUGCUCCCACAGCAACAGUUCUUGGGGAGAAGCUCAUGGUGGAGACAGUUGUGGGACUUGAGAAGGGAAGAUUUAAUGAAUAUAUUAGUUAUUCUGUACUAAAGAGGCAGAAAAGGAUGCAAACCAACAACGUUGUAUGAUAUUUCUAAAUAUUUGCAUUAUCAGUAGUGUAUAAAAUAACUCUUUGGAAGGAUAGAAUCGGUAAUUUUUCAUGCAAAACUGGAAUGCAAGAACCAUAUGCAAGUACUUUUACACCUUCCAGAAACCCACAUUUAAUUUCUGCUCUUCCCUUUUAUAGAAAUCUAAAAAUAUCAUUGCAUAAUUAAAAUGAAAUGUAUGUGCCUGUUCUGUAAUUAAAGACCGUGUCAAAAAUGACUAUGUUGACCGGUUUCUUUUUUCCAUGGGGAAAAAACUUAGAAGAACUUCUUCUCAACUUCAGUCGAAAUAGCAGCCAGAGGAAGUCCUGACGAAGGGUUUCGGCCUGAAACGUCGACUGCACCUCUCCUAGAGAUGCUGCCUGGCCUGCUCCGUUCACCAGCAACUUUGAUGUGUGUUGGUUGAGGAAAUCUUUGU